AUGGGUUCUGAUGGGACCUCUUCAGCUCAGAAGCGAACCUCGAGCGCGCUUCCGACAACCGUCGCCGCCGAGAACGGCGGCGCCCCUCGCGCCGCCCCCGCCUCCACCUCGGCCCUCUCCCGUGGAAGGCAGAUCCACAAAUCCUGCAACAACAUCAAGAUCACGAUCCUCUGCGGCUUCGUCACCAUCCUCGUCCUCCGCGGCACAAUCGGGCUGAGCAACCUCGCUUCCUACGAAGCCCAGGCCGAGAACCAGCACCUCAUCGAGGAAACGAACCGGAUUAUCGCCGAGAUCCGGUCGGGAAAAGACCCGGACGACGACGACCAACAACAACCGGAGGAGGAGUUUCCCGAACCGAACCAAACGGCGUCGUUCUCCUUGGGCCCCGAAAUCACCACCUGGGACCGCGACCGGAGACUCUGGCUCCGCCGCAACCCUAAUUUCCCGAGCUACAUCAAUGGCUCGCCCAGGAUUUUGCUGGUGACGGGCUCGGGCCCAAACCCUUGCGAAAACGCCGUCGGAGACCAUUACCUACUGAAAUUCCUCAAAAAUAAGAUCGAUUACUGCAGAAUCCACCGGAUCGAAAUCGUGUACAACAUGGCAAAUCUGGACAAGGAAAUGGCCGGAUAUUGGGCAAAACUCCCUCUAAUCAGGCGGCUAAUGUUAUCCCAUCCUGAAUUCGAAUGGGUCUGGUGGAUAGACAGUGAUGCCCUUUUCACAGACUUCACCUUCGAGAUACCCUUCUCGAAAUACAAGGAUCACAAUAUGAUCCUCCAUGGAAAUCAAGAUUUGCUUUUUAAGCAGCAAUCUUGGGUAUCUCUCAACACUGGAAUCUUCCUGCUGAGAAACUGUCAAUGGUCUCUUGAUUUGCUCAAUGCUUGGGCUCCAAUGGGGCCAAAAGGCCAUGCCCGUGAAGAAUCCGGCAAGAUUCUAACAGCCAAUCUGAAGGGUCGGCCGGAUUUCGAAGCAGACGAUCAGUCAGCCUUGAUAUACCUCUUGAUUUCUCAGAAAGAAAAAUGGGCAAGCAAAGUAUUUAUCGAGAAUUCCUAUCUUCUUCACGGGUUUUGGGAGAAUCUUGUGGACCGUUAUGAAGAGAUGCUAGAAAAAUAUCAUCCGGGCUUAGGUGACGAGAGGUGGCCACUCGUGACACAUUUCUUGGGUUGCAAGCCGUGUGGGAGUGAAGGGGAUUAUCCGGCCGAAAGGUGUUUGAAGAGUAUGGAGAAAGCUUUCAACUUUGCGGAUAAUCAGGUUUUGAAAUUGUAUGGGUUUAGGCAUAAAGGUUUGGUUAGCCCGAAUAUCAAGAGAGUAAGGAAUGAGACUGUGGCUCCUUUGGUGAAUGUUGAUCAGUUUGCCAUUCGUAGUUCGGUGCAUGAGAGAGUUAUCACACGUCACGUAUAG